AUGGAGUACAAUGUGCAAAAGUAUUUCGAGCUCAGCAGCGAACAGUUCGAACAAGCUAUACGCAUCAGCCAAAAUGAAUAUAUUCUCAACCCGUCCAUAAUUAGAGACAUGGAAAAUGAUCCGAAUUGCAUAAUUGACGAAAUCUAUAAUCGCACGGACAAGCCAACGUGCAGAAAAACCAAUAUACAAGUUAGUGACAUAAAAUGGAAAGAAUUACGCAAGGAAAAUACCUGGCUUUUCGUAACCAAUAAUUCCCGAAGAAUUGCCGUAAUAUGCAACGGAAAACGAGAGGACACAACCUUGAAUGGAACUGGAGUUAUUCAUUCUACAUCAGGAUGUACUAUUCAAACCAAGAAAAGCACCCUGCAAGCCCACACGAGAGAUGAAACAUCCAUAAUAACCACGUUCAACAAAGAGGUGCCCCCUAACAUUCUUUCAUUCAAAAAUGAAAAGGACAACCCGGACAUAGCACUCGAGCCUUCUUGGAAAGCCUCGGAUAUGCUGGAUCAACUUCUCAUUGACCGGAACGAUUUAGAUAGCCAAUCCGAAACUCCCUGGAAGAGCGUAACUCUUCAUACGUCCAUUACAAGCUUUGCAACUACACUUGCUGUCAUACUUAUAGCAAUCACUAUUUACGUAGGGAUGAAAAAAUUCACAGCACGCUACGAAAAAACCAGCAAGGAGGAAUCACCGACCAGGGAAAUACCUCAACCAGCACCGAGAAGCCAAAGACCUGCCGAUAGUGCAUCACGUUUUGAACUUGAACCUAUUUAUUCCCGAGUUCAAACUCAAAACACAACAUUAGUUUAG